AUGGACACUUAUCCUUCCGGCGAGGACUCUCUGAACGACACACUCUACAGCCCUACCCAACUAAUGGUCUCUCCCUACCACAAGAACAAACUAUACUGCGACGAAGAUCCGAUUAAAGACUAUACCUAUACAGGCAUGCUAUUCUCACCGCGAUACCCCACGAGUUGCUCGUCCGAGCUCAAUGCGUUACCUUCGCAAGAUGACUUCCAAUCCAACAUGAGCGUCGGCUAUGCUUCUCGCACUACGUUGUCGAAGCAGCCAAGUCUAGCAGGACUAGGUAUCCUACUCGACGGGAUACUUUCCGUUCUCGGAUCAGUUGAUACUCGACAACUUCUCGAACAUGAAGGCGACCGGCGCUGUACCGUUUCCUCUCAAGGAGCUCAUCCUGAUCAUGACUCGACCAUGACAGACGUCUCUCCGAUGUCGCGCUCUUUGUCUCGUACUUUUCAUGCGAAUAGCGAAGAUACUCUAUGCGGAACGCUCAGGCUAACGUCUCAUCUGACUGGUGGUCCCUUACCCUGCGACCGCUCUUUUCCUACUGUUCAAUCCCCUGUUGGCUGCACGGCUGGACCAAUCCCUACCGCGGACAAGGCAACAUCUCUCGGCGACACUGCACCAUCGUACGCGCGUUCAACGUCAACUGAACCCCCGAUCGGACUCUUCCCGGAUGUCAACAUGCGCACUAUACUUAGGGACGACGAGCCCGUGGCCUGUGUGAAUCCAGCUAGUAUCAUGGGUCCUGCUCCAGUAAAAGCAGAAUUUGACGAAUUAGAUCGCGAUAUUACCAUGGAUAUCUCCCCGGAGCCUUCAGUAACUAUGGAGGAUGCCCCUCCUCCUCCUGACUCCGACAUUCCGUCUGCUUCUGGAUCCGUAUCCGGCGCUCAGUCCGAUAGCAACGUAUAUGACUUGCUGGAUCAAAGUUUCCUCAAGUUGGAAGAGAUCGCGCAAGAGGUCGCAGCUUUACAUCUUGCACCCCCGGCUUCGGUAGGGCCCGCAGCGCUACAUUAUCCGACGUUGCACACAACUUUCCCGGCUUGCGAAGAGACGAAAGUGCUGCCUUUGGUCUCUGUUACUCUCUGGGGUUCCCAACCGGCGAAGAACUUGUCACGACCCAGAAGUCCUCUGGCCGAUCUGAACACGAAUCAACCCCCCGUAAAUCGUGGGCCUAUACUUCCGGAUACUCCGAUCUUGAAUGCGCAUCUCGGCGUGGACAUCGAAGUCUUGCGAGCGAAGGUGGAACGCCAUAGGCUCCGCAACCCUGACCAGGACAUCGAUAAUGCAUGGUUUCUACCCUUCGUAGGCAAGCUGACACCCCGCGGCGAACUAUUGGAGGACUACAGAUGCUACAUACUCGGUUGCAACCAGACGAACAAACGGCGCGACCAUAUUGUCACUCACGUUGGCUCCCACGUUGACCACCGGCCUUACGAGUGCGCACACUGUGGACAACGUUUCCUGCGCAAAAACGAGUGCAAGCGACACGAGGCAAGACAUGCCGAUGAUUACAGGUCUUUCACCUGCAAACUGUGUCCCGCGAGCGAGACAAAGUCUUAUUCCAGGCAAGAUACUUUGAAACGGCAUAUGACUAAGGCCCAUGGCGCUUCCGCUGCAAGCAAGGAGAAAUGCGGGCGCAAGAAGGCCAGGACGGAGCAUCUCAAGGAAGAAGGUGACGGGCGCAUAUUAGGCAUGUCGGGGGAUGCAUAUGGAUGGCCCUGA